UAGUCAAUCACAAAAGCGACAUUCAAAUCGUUUAUUCUCUCCUGGAUAAACGUAGCUGGCAAGAUGCACCUUCUUAACGUUGCAGUGGUUGUAGUCUUGGUCUUCCUUGGGUCCGCCCUUGCUGGCCAUGGUGGUGGUGGUGGCGGCGGCCAUGGAGGUGGUGGCCAUGGAGGUGGAGGCCAUGGUGGUGGAGGCCAUGGUGGUGGUGGUGGUGGUGGUCACGGAGGUGGUGGUCACGGAGGCGGAGGACACGGAGGUGGCGGCCAUGGAGGUGGUCAUGGAGGUGGUGGUCAUGGAGGUGGAGGCCAUGGAGGUGGUGGUCAUGGAGGCGGACACCACGGGUAAAACAUCCGAGGAUCAUCAUAUUGCCAUCAGAUGCUGGACAUUUGAUAUCGUAUUGGUCGAUUCCACUCACUGUGAUGUAUCCACCCAAUCUGUAUAUUCCUCAUUGAAUACAAAUAAAGCUUUGAGUUAUAUUGUAA